AUGGAAGCUUCCAGGUGUGUAGGCCUGGUGGGUAAUGCCUCGUUUGGGCAGCGCCUGGUGGUGCUCGCCCUGCCUGCUGCUGUGCGCGUGGGAGCUGACGCGGUGACGGGGGCAGGGAGGGUGGAGGGAAAGAGAGCAGUAAGAGCAGUGGUGGGAGAGGGAGAGAGGGCAGGGCGAGGUGAGAGGAGAGCGAGGGGUAAGAAGGCGGUGGGAGGAGUGGAUGGACGGAGAGGCAGGGUCGUGACGGAGCGAGAGGGUGGGCAUGAGGCGCGAGGGCAGGUGAAGGAGAGGGCGGGGCAGGCAGGGGAGGAGGUGAGGAGAGGGAAGAGGCGUGCGGAGAAGGGGGUGGAGAGGGGCCGAUGGGAAGGGGAGGGGUGGGCGAUGAAGCGAGGGCGAGUGGCGCGAGGCAAGGCGGGCAAGGUGACGGUGAUGCUUUCAGGCGUGGGCGGCUGUGCGCAUGGUGGGCCGUCCAUGCGCCCUGCUGCACGCUCACGGCCAGGGCUGCUCUGUGCUGGUGCCCGGCACACAGGCAGCGUGCACGGCAGUGAGAAGGGCAACGAGGAGGAGGGCAGUGAGGGAAGUGGGGAGGGCAGUGAGGGGAGUGGGGAGGGCAGUGAGGGGAGUGGGGAGGGCAGUGAGGGGAGUGGGGAGGGCAGUCAGGGGAGUGAGGAGGGCAGUGAGGGGAGUGGGGAGGGCAGUGAAGGGAGUGGGGAGGGCAGUGCAGAGGACAGUGCAGAGGGAGUUGGGGAGGGUUCAGUGAGUGGGGAGGGCCCUCGAGGAAGGGCAGUGUGGCGGCGGCCAGGGCAGGGCAGUGAGGAAGAGCAGGGCGGAAGGGUGCAGUGCGAGAGGCACAGGCGUGUGGAGGCGGUGGUGCGACGAGCGCGAGGGGGGCGAGAAGGGCGCAGGCACGGGCGAGAGACACACAGGCACGAUGGUGGUGGCAGGCGAGAGCAGCGCCGGGCAGACAGGGCGAGAGCAGGAGAGUGUGGGGCAGCAUGGCAUGAGCAGGGCAGCAGCAGCAAUGCUUUGGGUGACAGCAGUGGAGGCGCGAGUGCGAGUGAGAGCAGGAGUGCGAGUGAGAGGAGUGCGCGUGAGAGCAGGAGUGCGAGUGAGAGGAGUGCGAGUGAGGAGAUGCAGUAUCCCCCACACAGCAAGUGCCAGCACGACAGCCUUGCUGCUGCACGUGCCGGGCUGGCAGAGCAAAGCGGAGCACAUGCAUGCAGCGGAGGAGGAGUAGAAGGGGUAGCGGAGGAGAUGCAUGGGAGAGGCACAGAUGGGGGAGACGAUGAGCAGUCGGACCAAGGAGUGAUGGCGGAGGUGGCAUCCAUCAAGGCACGGCUGGAAGCAGCACUGCUCUCCAACGCAGCUGCGGGGCAGGCGCGCGUGCUGCUGUGGUACCUGGGUAGCCUCGACAUCUCCCCGCCUCUCCUUCGCCACUCCGGCCUCCUCUCCUGCAUCGCCCGCCUCGCAUUUCCCUCCCACCACUCCCACGGGCCCACAUCAUCUCCGAACCUGAUGCCGAGCCACCCACCUGUGGCUGUCGCCACUGCUUGUGCUGCGGCCGCCCCGCCAUGCGAUGUGGGCGGGCAGAAGGCAGGCGAGGCAGGGCGGCAGGCGCAGCAAGGGGGAGAGCAGGUGGAUGAGAGGGUGAGGCGCUUGCUGGCAGAUCGAGCAGAGGCGCUGUGCCGGCAGUGGCGUGGGGAGGGUUCUUGA